AAAUCCCAGAAGGGUCUUUAGAUUUCGGAUUACCAAGCAUCCAGCUGCACCACCUACCGGUCUGCGCACCUUUCCUCUUGGAAAAAAAAAUCAUCCCUGGCCUGAGGCGGACAACACGCUGCUUGGCAUUUAACCGAUCUAGACUAUACAAAUGGUUGUUCACUCUGCAUGCUUGAAACUGGAUGUGUACAGAAUUGAUCUUUAUCCGGAAGUUUCUAGGCGGAUACAGCUGGCGCGACUCUUCAAGCAGCGCUAAGGCGUACCUAUUUGAAUGAAUUGCAGACUACCUUUGGCCUGAUCCGAAUAGCACAUUAAACUCUAGUAUAUAAACCACGCAAAACUGCACCGUAGCCUCCAGCGUUGUUUGCACAUGAUUGCACAACCAUUGGUUCACUAAUCUCCAUAACAUAUAUACUGCUUACCUCUUCUGUUCUGAUCCGGAUUGCAAAACAAUUCCUGCUUUAGUCCGGACUGCACAUUGUUUGCCUGCCUGCACAAAUCCGGAUUAGCACAGCAGCUAGCUGCUGUGUGUGUUUGCUCAUUUACAAAGGUACAAAGAUGUUGCCAGGAUCUAUCCAGAUCUCUGGGGAGACUUUAUCAAGUGCCGAGAUUCGGGAUAUCUGUGAGAGUCUGCGGGAGAACUCCAUCAAACUUCUUUCACUCCGGGGCUGUCAGCUUUCAGACCGAGAUUUCGGUCGUAUUUGCAGGGGGGUAGCAGAAUCGCACUCCUUGGCUCAACUCAAUCUUAAUUUGGGGAUUGUCUCCAAUAUCAACCGGGUCAAACAACUGGCUGAAGCUUUGAAGACUAACCGCUCUGUCCAAUCUUUGUUCCUUCAUGGGAGUCCCCUAACAGAUGCUGGUCUGGCUCUCCUCAACCCAGCACUCGCCAUCCAUCCCUCCUUAAUAGCCUUGGACUUGGGAGACUGCAUGCUGGGUGAUGAAGGUAUCAACUUGAUCUGUGGGCUUCUCCCUCCAGAUGGAGCGAAGUCAGGUCUGAAGGAAUUGACUCUCAGUGCUAACCCUGGCAUCACAGCCAAAGGAUGGGGGCACUUGGCGAUUGCUGUGGCUCACAGUUCCCAGGUGCGAGUGUUGAACUUGGACUACAACCCCCUGGGUGACCAAAUAGCAGGCAUGCUGGCAGUUUCUGUGGCAUCCAGCCGGACACUAGAGGUUUUGGACUUGGAAGGAACAGGACUUACCAACCAAUCAGCCUUGAUCCUGCUGGACAUGGUGGAGAACUACCCAACAGCCUUGCGGACACUGAUCCUGGCAGAGAACAAUAUUAGCCCUGAGCUGCAGCAGCAGAUUUCUGAUCUCCUGUCUGAGGGUGAGGAAGAGGAGGAGAACGAGACUCGUGAAGUCAUGGCCAGAGAGAAGAAUGCCUGGAUCUGCCAGAGCAAUUGCAGUUCCCAGAUGGUCUUGGUAACAUCAGGCCUUGGAGAAAGUCUAUUGGCAGAAACAGAGAUGUGAAUAGGAAACACCCAUUGCCUCCGAUGAACACGGACAUUUCCAUGUAUGUGAGAAGAUUGUGUGGAUGUAGACUUGUACUGUACAUUCACACACAUCUUGUAGGAGUGUGUUUUGUGCGCAUUUGCGAGUGGGUGCAUGGAUUAGGGAAGCAGGUGGGUAUGAGAGAGUUAAUAUUCUUAUGUGUGACUGCCAGGCCUGCCCCGACUGCAAAUCCACACUUUUGUGUCUUACUGAAGUCAGCUUUUAGCUCCACAUUGGGAUCUGACCCAAGUUAAACGCUGCAUAUAGUCCAUGUCACAUAACCUGUCAGUUGUUUGUGAUUGUUCAGUUGCUGUAUUUUUAGGUCACACCACCCAUUCUUGACUAAUUUUUGGGAGAGUCUCUAUUUAUUCAGCUGUGUAUAUUUCUGUAUAUCAGAUACUCUUUUUAUUGCUUGAGUCAGUGUCCUGAGUAGAAUUUUAUAAAGUUCACACAAAUGAGUUGUGCUUAUAAAAAAAAAACCCUUUAUUUUCAAACAUGAAUACGAAGUAGAGAUGCAUAGAAUUUUAGAUUUGGAAGGUCCCUUGGAGUUCUUUUCACCACCCUCCUGCUCAAUGGAGGUAACUGCUACACAUUUGAUAGGGCUGAACUUUACUCACCAAAAAAAAGACCAACUGAUCUGUCCAUGAUGGAACUAUAGUAACUUUUUUUUUUUUUGCUGUGCCACCAGUGUGCCUAGAGUACAGCUUGGCACAUGUAAAUCACAUUCCAGAUUACUGAAAACACAAUAAGCCCCAGAGUACAUUUCUACUGUAUUAUAAUAGGUGUGUGAAUACAUCUGUAGGUUCACUUUCAGCCAAAAACAACCCUUCAAAAUAGGCUGUGGUUGAUGCUCUUCAGUUGCAUAAGGACUACAACAGGACACCAGAGAUUUGCACAGGAAACAGAGGAAAGAGUCAAAAGCUUUUUUGUUGUUGUUGUUGGCGGGGGGGGGGGAGUUGAGGGAAAGAGAGCUGCAGGUACUCCCAGAAAUACAUGUCAAGGGGAGAAGGAAAAUCCCAUGGAGACAAGAGUGUAUACUCUUUGGUGGUGUACAGAACAAAUUUGAUGCACUGUUUAUGCUACUUCUCCCUGCUGCAGUCUCCAUCCCAGUAGCAAGGAAGAUCUCCCAGACAAAAACCCUUGGCUGAGGCUCAGCACUCAGCUUCCAAUUUCUGUAGAGCUGUACACAUUUUUUUAAUGCACAAUUUGUGUGCAGCAGCUUCUUACAGACAUCAGGCACUGCUAGGAACUCUUUGCAGCCAUGUAGACACCAAAGCUGAUGAAUGACUAACCAUACAGAAUGGCUGCAAAUGCAGUCUCAAGAAACCACCAGGAAGCAUUCAUUUUAUAUGAAGCAGACCUCUAAGAUUCAUGUUCUCAAUUUUUUGGCUAGUGAAUUGGAGGAAGAACCCUUCAGCUUGUUGGUGUGGCUCAGACGGGACAAAUAUAUGGAAGUGUGUUUGUGAUGGCAAUAGACCACUUCCUCCAAAGGGAACAGCUUACAAUACAGUUCCCAAGCAGUCUCUUCUCUAGGCAGAACCCUACAAUCAGAUUCACACAGUUUUAGCAGUAGAACUAUGACAUAUGCCUUUGGAUCAUUCUCUGGCUCAUAAAAGUGGAACCCUUACACCAAUUCCAAUGGAAAUGGCUGUAAAGCAUCUCUUCAGACUACAGCGUACACUCCGAGUUGCCCAGAAAAACUUUUUGACUAAAUGUUUGAUCUCAUCAUGCGCUUGUCCCUUUCCCCCAAAGCCCCAUUUGAGGCAGCCACUGAUAAAGUUAGAGUACUGUUUCAAAAAAGUAAAAUUGGCUGAAUUAAAAUAUACCUCAAUGCUUCAAGGCAAAAAUAACUCCUCCUCAGCUCCAAGCACCAAAGAUAGAUGAAAACAGAAGUGAUUAAUCCACCACAGGGUGCUUUACUUUUUUUGGUAUGGCUACAAGUUGCACAGGUGCUGCUUGCUUAUGGUUUAUUAAAACGAGGUCACACCUCA